UCCCUACUACUUUUAUGCUCUAAGUUCAGCGCUGACGCCCAAGAUAUUACGGUGAAUCCUACUGAGCUUCGUCACAAGGGAGCCGUGUGCUUGUCUGGGAUCCCAGCAGCGUACUACAUUGCUCCGGGAUUUGAUGAAGGGGUUGACAAUUGGGUGGUUUUCCUUCCGGGUGGAGGGUGGUGUUAUACUUUGGAUGAAUGUGUGAACUAUAUAAAAACAAAUUUGUAUAACCAAACUGCCGGCCUUCAAAAUUUUACUGGUAUAUUGAGCAACGACAAGACCCAAAAUCCAGAUUUUUUCAAUUGGAAUAAAGUAAUGAUAAGGUAUUGUGAUGGUUCGUCUUUUACUGGGAACUCAAAGAAAAUAUAUAAUGGUACUAAACUGUAUUUUAAAGGAGCUAGGAUUUUUGAAUCCACUUUGAAAGUGCUGUUGAAAAAGGGAAUGAAGUCCGCAAAGAAUGCUCUUUUAGUUGGGGAAUCAGCAGGAGGAGUGGCUGCCAUGUUGCAUUGUGACAGUUUUCGACAAAAAUUUUCAAACUCCACUCAUGUCAAAUGUCUUUCAGAUGCUGGAUAUUUUUUUGCUGCAAAAAAGCACAACUUUUGGAGUAAAAGUCUCUUUGUGUCCAUUUUCGAAGGAGUGGUGAAUUUACAUAGACCAACUAAGAUGUUGCCCAAAUCUUGCACCUCCAAAUUCACUCCUACAAUGUGCUAUUUCGCACAAAAUGUACAACAUGAUAUUAAAACUCCAAUUUUCUUCAUCAUGUCGGAAUUUGAUUCUGUUGAGAUUGCGUUUACAACUGACAAAUCAUACGAUGAUUGCAUGAAAUACAAAACUUGCACAUCUGAUCAAAUUAAUGUUAUGCAAGGUUAG